UAGCUUAUAUAUAAAUAAUUCAUACUCUAAGAAUGUGAGUUUUUUUUGUAUUUUUUUUUUCUUUUAAUAAAAGCUAUUAAGAGUAAGAUAAACGUCUGGAAAGAGGCCGAUCUUUAUAAUACAUUAUGAGAAGAACAAUUACACGCUCCUCAUUCACGGAGGGCACAUGAAAUGCAGUUUUUUUUGUUGUUGUGGGGAUGAGAUUGAUGGACCAUUUUGGUCAUUAUGCACCUCAAAGUACAUGAUUAUAUGUGUUUAUUUCAUUAAUUGAUUGCAUAGAUAAUAUUACUACUUUAAAAAGAGAGCACAAAUGACGAUCAGCAAAAUAUUUUCUUUCUCUUGAUGGUUUUCCUUCUUGUAGUGGACAAGAAAACGGGAUAACAUAAAAUCAAUAUUUUCUUUCUCUUGAUGGUUACACGGCUUUUUUUCUACUUAUUUAGGAAACAAAAGGAAGACAUGGAUUAUUUUCUUGGGCCCUGACUAUUAGGUGACCUGCAGCAGGAAAGUUUAGCAUAGUGUCAUUGUUAUUUGGCAAGUUUACAAGAUGUUCAUGUUUGAUCAAGAUUUCUAUCCAACGUUAGAGUUAUCAUGGACAAUGUUAUGGAAUUAUUUGGGCAGAAUAACGUCAUAAAGGGGAAAAUAGUUUAGAGGUAGGUACGUGAAGGUGUUUAACAAAGCCUCUGGCGUGGAAAUGGUUCUGGAGUUCGUGGGAGAAAAAAACAGCAAUAUGGAGGAGGCUGAUUCCCUGAUAAAGAUCAGCAAAUGGAGGAGGUGCUAGUUGUCCAAGAAAAGAAUGGCCGAUUCCAUGGAACCGGUAUGUGGAAGUUUCCUACAGGAGUACUUGAUGAGGGUGAGGAUAUAUGUGAUGCAGCUGUCCGAGAAGUAAAAGAAGAGACAGGGGUUAAUGCAAAGUUGGUAGAAAUAUUGGCAUUCAGACAGAGCCAUAAGUCAUUUUUUGACAAGUCAGAUUUGAUGUUUGUCUGCAUGCUAAAGCCUCUCUCCUUUGAUAUCCAGAAGCAGGAUGCGGAGAUAGUCGCUGCUCAGUGGAUGCCAUUUGAACAAUAUGCAGCUCAGCCAUUUGUCCAAAGCCAUGAGCUUCUCAAGUACAUUUCUAACAUAUGCUCGGCGAAGAUAGAGGGCAGGUAUACUGGAUUCUCAUCAGUUCCUACAGUGACCAGUUUUUCUCAGAACAAGACCCACUUGUACAUGAACAACAAGGUCAGAACAAUUGGUAGCGACGACCAGUAGUGGAGUCAGAAUUUUUACCAAAGGGAUUCAGAAUAUUAAAGAGUAAACACACGAACAUGGCAAGGGGAUUCAAUAUCUGCUAUUUAUGCAUAAAAACUAAUUUUAACCUUA